CGCCGUAGUGGAUCAGGAAGGCUAGCGAUGGCUCGGCUCAUUUCCUGAGCCAUCAUGAGCCGUAUGUGACACGGCCUCACCGAAUGACGUCGCCCGUUCAUAAAUGCCCCCAGCUACUCGCUCGCCAUCCGCCCACCGCAUCUAUUAAUUAUACAGGCAUCCUCUGCCCGUCAUCCGCUUAGCUACUCGCUCAUCCAUCCCCAUCUUCAACCUCGUCCUCUCCGUCAUGUCUGCCUCCUCGUCAACCUCUCUCCCCGUCCCACCGGAUUGGCCACUCCCUCUCAUGACGUGCCAUUUUGCGGUGACCAGGUUGUCACCAAUGUAGCGAGAUCCGACGGGCAGGCAGGGGAUCGGUUCUACAAGUGCAUGCUGUACGAUGCACGACAGUGUCGUUUCUUCGAGUUCCAGCAAGCAUACUGCAGGAGGAUGACCCCUCACCAGAUCGCCACUGCUCGGCGGCAAGCCAGGAUUAACCCAGCUGGCCAGGGAUCUGGUGUCUACCAGGGCAACGGGGUGGCUCAGAUGGUUCCUGUUGCCACCCAGGCCCAGAUCCAGGCGCAAGCUCCACACCAAGUGCAGACACCCCCGCCGACGGCGAGCAACCUGAUUGCUGAAGCGGAUAGGCCGGCCGCCGUAGCCGGAGCCGUCCUUGCAGGACAGGGCCUCGUUGUUGUCUCUAUUCUCAUGGUAGCUGUCAACAUCAUGCUUACUGCUCUUGUUAUGGUGGUUGUUCUUGCUAAGUAGGAGGGAGGUGGGGCUGAAGCCGUAGUUUUCAUUUUCUCCGCAUUUUUUUUCUAUAAAUGGCUCUGGACUAAGCACACGAGGGGACCCUUCCCGUGAUUGUACGCAGUAUGUAAUUUGCAAGCAAAUUACUGCAUCAGAAUUGUUUUCUAACCUUUUGGUCCAGCCGGGGGCCUCUGGAUUAACCCCGUCGGUUGACUGAGCGGACCUUGUCGGAGACGCAGCUCGCCUUCGCCGGCCAUCGCCCUGCUCGUCGGGCGAGACUUCUUCCCCGGCCAACUGAGCCACGCCAGACCCACUGUUCGCCGCAGCACCCCCUUGCUCUCUGCCGCCCCCAUUUUGUAACAAGUAUAGAAGAGGCACCGGAUCUGGUUGUUCAAGGUUAUUAGCAAACUCCUGCCGGACAGGGAACCUAG